CGCCACCGUUGGUAAUUGUAUUAAAACGUUGUCGUAUAAUCUCCCUCUCGAGGUGAUAAGAGAGUCGACGGCAACACUCAGCGACCUCACUUAACGAACAGAGACGAGAAAUGUCUCUGAAACCUUAUUUCUCUCUACUAUACUCAUCUCCCACUAAUGUAAAACUUUCCAACUUCUUAAUCGCUCAACAACCCUCCGGUGACCUGAAAACUACCCCGGCCGAGGAGUUUUCUCCACUGGUUGAGAAAUUCAACCGACGGCUUCUUCUGGGUGUAGGAUCGUCCUCUGUUCUUGCGAUUGGUGCGAAUUUCGGAGGAACCACGAGUUUUAUACUCGGUUUAUCGCCAGGGAUAGGCCGGAAUCUAAAACUCGACGUCAUUUAUCCGAUUGGAGGAUAUAGCAGAUGUAUCGAUACGGUUGAAGGAUUCGAAUUUAUAUAUCCGGCUACGUGGGUUGGAGACCAGACGCUUUUGUAUAGAGCGGCGGAGAAGUCAGAACGGGAGAAUUCGCUAGACCUUCCUCCGGCAAGAAACAGUCGCCGGAAAAACGUUAAUGAACCGGUUGUUGCAUUUGGACCGCCCGGUUCGACCGGUGAGCUUAAUGUCAGUGUUAUCGUUUCCCCUGUCUCACCCAGUUUCUCAAUCGAAGCGUUUGGAGGGCCAAAAGAAGUAGGAGAGGCAAUAGUAAGAACAGUGACAGGAUCUGGUCAACGAGCAGAUUUGAAAGGAACUUUGCUAGAAUCAAGUAUCAGACAAGAUUCAGAGAGAAACUUGAAGUACUACGAGUUGGAGUUUAAAGUCGAAUCACCUCUUUUCCGGCGGCAUAAUGUAGCCGUUUGUUGCGCUCACAGUGGCCGGCUUUAUACACUGAACGCUCAAGCGCCAGAGUCAGCUUGGUCAGAGGUGAAAUCGGAAAUUUACACUACUGCGAAAUCGUUCAAUAUAAUUUCUUGAAUGUAAAGGAUCGGAAAACAAAUUGUAAAAACCCAAAAAGAAACAAGAUACUACAAAGCAAAGCUUAUUUUUUCUUCAU